AUGGCACCCACUGAAAACUUCACCGAGGCUCAAGCCGCUGCUGUCAACACUGUUGUUGGCCGCUUCACUGUCAGUACUGAACGUCUGCAAAAGAUUGCCGACCAAUUUGUCGUGGAGAUGGAGAAGGGUUUGGAUCAUCAAGGUGCUACUGUUGCUAUGAUUCCUUCCUUUGUUGCUGGUCGUUGUACUGGUGAGGAGAAGGGUAGCUUUAUGGCUCUUGAUUUGGGUGGAACCAACCUGCGUGUUUGCCAAGUCAACUUGUUGGGCGGUGGUGAACACACUAUCCGUCAACAAAAGUACGUCGUUUCUGAGGAAUUGAAGACUGGUCCCAUGCGCCACCUCUGUGAUUUCAUCGCUGAUUGCGUUGACAGUUUCUUGACCGAGAAUGGCACUGAGAGCACCCAGGCUCUUCAAUUGGGUUACACCUUCUCUUUCCCUAUCCUGCAAACUGCUAUCAACCGUGGUGUCUUGAAGCAAUGGACCAAGGGUUUCAAUUGUUCUGGUGCUGUUGGUAAGGAUGUCACUAUCCUCCUCCAAGACUCUUUCCGCCGCAAGAACAUCAACGUCAACAUUGCUGCUAUUGUCAACGAUACUGUCGGUACUCUCAUGGCCUACGCCUACAAGCAUCCCAACACGACUAUGGGUGUCAUCAUGGGUACUGGUUUCAACGCUUCUUACUACGAGGACAUGACCAAGGUCAACAAGUGGAAUGGCGAGAAACACGAAGAAAUGGUCAUCAACAUGGAGUGUGGUGCUUUCGAUUGCGAACGUCGUGUCUUGCCAAUGACUAUCUAUGAUAACAAGUUGGAUCGUGAGUCUAUCAACGUCUAUCAACAAUACUAUGAAAAGAUGGUUGCUGGUAUGUAUCUCGGCGAAAUCACUCGUAACGCCUUGCUCGACUUGGUUGAUCAACAAAUCUUGUUUGAUGGCCACUCCUCCAGGGAAUUGAACAAGAACUGGAGCUUCGAAACUGCUUACAUGUCUACCAUUGAAGUCGACGAUACCUCUGACUUGUCUGAUACUGGCCAUAUCUUGGAAUCUGUCCUCAACAUUGCCUCUACUACUUUGGCUGACCGUCAAAUUGUCAAGAAGAUCUGUCAAGUUGUUGGUCUCCGUGCUGCUCGUCUUGCUUCUUGCCAUAUUGCUGGUGUCAUGAAGCACACUGGUAAGGUGGGCGAAGAAUGUAUUGUUGCCAUUGAUGGCUCUCUCUUUGAGUUCUAUCCCAACUUUGAAGAGAACAUGGGUCAAGCUUUGUCUGAAAUCCUUGGUGAGCAGGCUCGUUCCAAGGUCAAGUUUGACCUCGCUAGAGAUGGUUCUGGUCUCGGUGCUGCUAUCAUUGCCAUGAUUGCCACCAAGAAGUAA